AUGGAUUUAUUUAAACCAUUAAUUGAAGAAAUGGAUUCAAGAGUUGUUGCAGUGAAAUCUAGUCAAAUUGAAUUAAAUAAAGAAAUUGAGCAAUUAACUGCAGAACUUCAAUUGUUCAUUGAAGCAACAAAACCACCACAAAUCCAAACUUCUAUUCAAAAAUUAAUUGAUGCAAGAAAACGUUUACUUAUUACAAACCAAACUCUGAAAUUAGUUCAUCAUUGUAUUAUUAAAAUGCAUACACAACUUAGUAAAGAGAAAUCAUAA